CGGUUUGUUAUAUUAUAGGAAAGCUGCCUCGGACAGCCUUUACCUGGUAUCGUGUCCCCCCUUCUGGUCGGUGAUGGCGGCGGCUAUGACAACGACACCCCCGGCACACUGGCGCCGCUUCGAGCAGGAACAAGACCUCACCGUGCGAGAGUUGAUACGGCGGAUAACCGGCCUGAGCGAGCGGAGCGACGAAGAGCUCCCCGGCCAAUUCCAGGCAGCGUUGAAUUUCGCCUGGUCGAACUUCAGAUUUCAUCAAUUUCUUGAUGUCAGCAGUCACAAAAUAGAGAAGGUAGUAGAUGGGAUUUAUGAAAAGCUGAUUGUUCAUUCAGACCUCACUAAAGCUGCAAGCUGGAAGAGAUUAGUAGAAGAAUUCCUGAAUUCACCUUUUCUAACCCCUGAAGGAACAAAGACAAACACCCAUUAUGCCAUACUCUCCCUUCUGUUGUGCCUGUCAGAGUCCCCUUCCAAUACCAGCUAUUCUGAAAAACCAAGAGAGAAAGAAGUGGAAAAAGAAGAAUUUGAUUGGGGAAAAUACUUGAUGGAAGGUGAAGAACUUGACUUUGGUCCUGAUGUCGAAACACCGGAAUGGUCUGACAUAAGUGAUGAUGAUAAUGAGCCUUUGAGCAGGGAAGACUCUGGCAUUCAAGUGGACAGGAUGCCACACGAAGAUCAAAGCAAGAAGGCUGUGUCUCAUAUCACUUGGAAAGGUGAACCUGAUGCACGUACUUGGCUGCAGCAGCAUGUAGUUCCCCAGUACUGGACUGGCAGAGCAAUUCGUUUUUCCCAUAGUCUGCAUUUUCAUUCCAAUUUAGCAGCUGUAUGGGAGCAGCACUUGUAUAAUAGCGAUCCUCUGUAUGUGCCAGAAGAGAGAAUACUUGUCACUGAAACACAGGUGAUUCGUGAAACCAUCUGGCUUCUUUCUGGUGUUAAAAACCUCUUUAUAUUUCAGUUGAAUGAAGGAAAGAUUACUGUGAGAAAUGAUAUCAUGGUAACCCAUUUGACCCAUAAUUCCUUAAGAUCAAUGCUGGAGCGGAUAGCAGCGUAUGGUCAAGUUGUAUUUAGGCUACAGAAGUUCAUUGAUGAAGUGAUGGGUCACAGCUCAGAAAACGUAAUACCUGGAAUCAUUUCCACUCCCAAGAAAAGUGCAGAAGCCCCAUUUAGAACCUAUCAAGCUUUCAUGCUGGCUCUCUAUAAAUAUUUCAUUCGUUUCAAAGAAGAACUUACUGAAAUUGAGAAGUGCAUUAUCCACAAAGACACAACAAUCACUCUUUCCAUAGUCAUAGAUAAAUUGUCACAUCGUCUAGCACAGCUGAAGGUACUUCAUAAAAUUUUUAGCACUGGUGUUGCAGAAGUACCACCUGACACUCGAAAUGUUGUAAGAGCAUCCCAUCUGCUUAAUACACUGUACAAAGCUAUUCUCGACUACGACAACGUUGGAGAAGCCUCUGAACAAACAGUAUCCCUUUUAUUUUCUCUCUGGGUUGAAACAGUAAGGCCAUAUUUACAGACGGUGGAUGAGUGGAUUGUCCAUGGUAACUUGUUUGAUCCGGCUAAGGAAUUUAUAAUUCAGAGAAACAAAAAUGUUCCAGUUAACCAUAGGGACUUCUGGUAUGCCACUUACACCCUGUAUAGCGUGUCUGAAAAGACUGAGAAUGAAGAGAAAAUGAGCGAUAAUGCUAGUGCCAGUUCUGGCAGUGAUCAAGCGCCUUCAUGCAGGCAGCACACCAUGGUCUCCUUUCUAAAACCAGUGCUAAAGCAGAUCAUCAUGGCUGGAAAGUCCAUGCAGUUGUUAAAGAACUUGCAAUGUGCAGAUGGAUCUUCACAACAGGCGGCAUCAAGAGAUGCAGAAAGGAAGAGCUUGUAUACGUUGUUUCUGGAAUCUGUCCAGUCGCGGCUGCGGCACGGGGAGGAACCUGUUCAGGAAGUUAUUACAGAGCAGCAGGCAACCAAACGGAGUCUAAUAAAGAUGCAGUCCAUUGCAGAAAGACACUUGGAGUUGGAUGAUGUUCACGAUCCCUUGCUGGCCAUCAAUUUUGCAAGAUUGUAUUUGGAACAAAGUGACUUUCACAAGAAGUUUACUGGCGACGAUGUUUGUGUGGAUAGAUCCUCUGAAUCAGUUACAUGCCAAACAUUUGAACUGACAUUGAGGUCCUGCCUUUAUCCUCACAUAGACAAACAAUAUCUGGAAUGCUGUGGACAUUUAAUGCAGACCUUGAAGAAAGAUUACAGGCUGGUAGAAUAUUUGCAAGCAAUGAGAAACUUUUUCUUACUUGAGGCUGGUGAUACCAUGUAUGACUUCUAUACAACUAUUUUUGAUAAAAUAAGAGAGAAGGAUACAUGGCAGAAUGAGACAUUCCUUAAUGUUCAGCUCCAAGAAGCUGUUGGACAACGUUACCCAGAAGACAGCUUAAGGCUGUCUAUAUCGUGUGAAAAUAUUGAUGUUGCCAAGAAGAAACUUCCUGUUCAUACCUUAGAUGGUUUAAUACUGAGUUAUAAGGUCCCCUGGCCUGUGGAUAUCGUUAUAAGUGUAGAGUGUCAAAAAAUUUAUAACCAAGUGUUUCUCUUGUUGCUGCAAAUCAAGUGGGCCAAAUAUAGUUUGGAUGUGUUAAGAUUUCAUGAGCUAGUCAGUGCAGCAGAAAAGCCCCAGUGUAAAGGAGGAGUGACUUUAUUUGAACAAGACCCACUUCCACAGUUUGGAUCCCAAGCAGAGCCCAUUAAACAACAAACUCAUCGCAUGUUCCUUCUAAGGAUGAAACUCAUGCAUUUUGUUAACAGCCUGCACAACUAUAUAAUGACUAGGAUUCUUCACAGUACAGGUUUGGAGUUUCAGCAUCAGGUAGAAGAAGCAAAAGAUCUAGAUCAGCUGAUUAAAAUUCAUUAUAGAUACCUGUCUACAAUUCAUGAUCGUUGCUUGCUGAGAGAAAAGGUUAGCUUUGUGAAAGAAGCUAUCAUGAAAGUACUGAACUUGGUAUUGAUGUUUGCAGAUCGUUGGCAAGCUGGCUUGGGAGCUUGGAAGAUGGAAUCCAUAACGAAGAUGGAAUCAGAUUUUAAAAACUGCCAUAUGUUCCUUGUGACGGUGCUAAACAAAGCAGUCUGUAGAGGCUCUUUCCCACACUUGGAGUCUUUAGCCUUAUCGCUCAUGGCUGGAAUGGAACAAAGUUAGCAAAACACAGACUGCAACUUAUUCCUAACACUGUGGUCAUUCAAUCGUGACCACUCACUUGAAGUAUCUUUUAAUCUGGGUGAUUACAGGACUGCAAUUUGUACAUUAGAAUUUACAUACUUGUACAUAAACGGACAGAUAUGUGUUUCUGCUAAAAUGGUAAAAUGUUUUUCAUGUAUAUAAAAUACAGUAAUGGCGCAACUAUUUUAUAUCAUUUAUUUCUGCAUUGCUAAAUGUUAAUUAUGUCACUGUUUCUGCUGUCCUUUUUGAACAACAAAACAAUAAAACACAAACUAUUUUAAAAGGGUUCCCUGAACCUAAUGGUGUGCAUAGGCCACAGUCUGUCCCUCAAUGCAAUUAAAAUAAUGCAAUUACAGUAAUCCGUCAGCACUGGAUUGCAUUCAUUUUCUUUUCUCCAAGAUAUAAUUGUAUUUCAGCUGCUCUAGAUGUAAUUGUAUUUCAGUUGUUCUGAAAUUCCCACAGCUCCAGCAGCUAUAACAAAAGGUACCAUUCUACUGAACAAUGAUUUCCAAGGAAAGGAAUGGGUAUUGGCACAGGAGUCAUGUUUUAUGCCAUGGUUAUCUUCUCGUAUAAUGUAAAUAACAACCGCAAAAUGUCCAUAUUUAAAUGCUGUAAACUGCGAAAAGUAUAAGUGUGUGAUGUAAUGGAUUGUGCAAAUAUUAUUCAUUUACAUAAUGUGUUUACAAUAUGCCUUUCUCACAGGCCUGGAGUGUUUUAAAAUUAAAAGCCAACAAUAAAUACAACAAAAACCAUUCAACAAAUGUUCAGCAACUUUUCCUAUAGUCCAAAUGUAUUUAUACUUUGCUUAUUAUGGGUGCCUGGCAAAAGUGACCUACAGUGCUGUCCUGUGAGAGUUACGCCGUUGAAAUCAAUGGUCUUAAAUUGGAGUAAC